AUGCAGCAGGCGACGGGCCGGGGCAGCUGCGCGGGGCCGGGACGGGCGGUGCACGGGCGGCGUGGGGCCGGGACGUGCGGUGCACGUGCGGCGUGGGGCCGGGACGGCGGCGCGCUGCCAGGAACGGGCGGCGCACGGGCGGCGUGGGGCCAGGACGGGCGGCGCACGGGCGGAGUGGGGGCCGGGACGACGGCGCGGGGCCGGGACGGGCGGCGCACGGGCGGCGUGGGGCCGGGACGGGCGGCUCACGGGCGGCCGGGACGGGCGGCGCGCGGGCGUCUAAGGGCGGCUCGGCUGCUCUGCGGUUCGGCUGCUGGGCUGCUCAGCGGCUCGGCUACGGCUCGGCUGCUUGGCUGCUCGGCGGCUCGGUGGGGGGGGCGGCUCGGCAAUGCAGCAGGCGACGGGCCGGGGCAGCUGCGCGGGGCCGGGACGGGCGGUGCACGGGCGGCGUGGGGCCGGGACGUGCGGUGCACGUGCGGCGUGGGGCCGGGACGGCGGCGCGCUGCCGGAACGGGCGGCGCACGGGCGGCGUGGGGCCAGGACGGGCGGCGCACGGGCGGAGUGGGGGCCGGGACGACGGCGCGGGGCCGGGACGGGCGGCGCACGGGCGGCGUGGGGCCGGGACGGGCGGCUCACGGGCGUCGACGGGCUGGAGCAGCGGCGCGCGGUCGGGACAGGCGGCGCGCGGGCGGCUAA